UAAUCAAUCAAAAUUCAUCUACCAUUUCACAAAGAAAUCCUCAUUUUCCUAUAAAUAUCAGUUAACCAAUAUCUCCAGUAAUCACACAGAGUAGGAAUUCUCAAGAUCAUCAUAGUAGAUUUCCAGCUAGAAAUUUUUUCUAGUAUUUUCAAUUCAAUAUGUCUCAGAAGGUAGAGAAAGCAGCAGCAGUGGCUGAGAAGAAAUCAGUCAAGGAGAAGAAAGUAAAGGUUCCCAAAGAGAAGAAAGAAAAGGUUUCUAAAGAGAAGAAGCCUAAAUCUGAUAAAGCUCCUCACCCUACUUACUUUCAGAUGAUUAAGGAAGCUUUGUUGGCAUUGAAUGAGAAAGGUGGAUCGAGUCCAUAUGCAAUCGCUAAGUACAUGGAAGAGAAACACAAAGAUGUAUUGCCAUCAAACUACAAGAAAAUGUUAGGUGUUCAAUUGAAGAAUUGUGUUGCUAAUCAGAAAUUGAUUAAGAUUAAAGCUUCUUUCAAGCUUUCUGAUGCAUCUAAGAAAGAGAUUAAAGCCAAAGCUGUUGUUCCUAAACCAAAAAGUGAGAAAUCUGUUGCUGCUGCUGAUGACAAGACCAAGAAGAGGAAGAAACCAACAACAUCAUUAUCUAAAAGUGUGAAAUCUGCUACUGCUGUUGUUCCAAAAUCGAAAACUACUACCGUCAAGAAAUCUGAAACUACUGCUGCACCAAAGAAGAAGAAAACUGCUGCUCCUGCAAAGAAAGUUACUGCUGUUCCUGCAAAGAAAAUUGUUCCUGGGAAGAAGACCAAGAGAGCUACUGCUCCUGUUAAAGCUAAACAUCCUAAAUCAAUCAAAUCUCCUGCUGCUAAGAGAGCUAAGAAGUCUACUGCUGCUUAAUUAGAUGCAUAGAGAGCAUAAUUGGUGUGCGUUUUUUUCGUUGGUAUUCUUGUUAAGUGAGUUUAUUUAGAUGUGAAUGUAAAAAAAUGAAUUUAUGAAUUUCAUGGAUGUUUCUUUUACUG